GCUGCUGCAGUUGGCGCAGGCUAAGGCCAAGGUCAAGCACCUGGAGUUGCAACUAGAGGACUGCGAGCAGCGCUGGCAGCGUCGCUUUGAGGAUGCAAAGCGCCAGGAGGAUGCCGGGCAUGCACGCAUGGAGCUGCAGUGCCGCUACCUUGAAGCUGAGCUAGAUCGAUGCAAGGAAGUUCACGCAAGCGAGAUGCGGCACUUCCAGGAGCAGAAGCGCUUGGUUGUUCAAGGCCAUACAACCGAGGUUGAGGACGCAAAGCGUGAAGAAAGACGCAAGGCACAGGCGGAGAUCGACAAGGUGAAGUCUGAUUGUCGGCUGGAAAUAGAGGAGCAGAAGCGCAAGCACGAACGGUCGGUUGCCAUUCUUAAGCAGCAGUCUGAUGUUGAGGCAGAGAGCCUCCGCCGCGCACAUGCUGGUGAGCAUCACCUCACGAAGCUUGUGGAGCAGGUGCAGGGCUCGGUGGCUGAGGUAGAGCGGCUCAGCAAACGCGUGGACACUGACAAAAGUCUGGAGUGGUCAGUUCGCGAGAGGCAGCUGGAAGCAAGAGAAAAGAACGCGCGAGAACUCGAGGCGCAGCUCUCUCGCCAAAGCAAGGAAGUAGAAGAGCAACGCAGGCGGUUGUCCGACAUGGUGACCAACCUGAGAUGUUCUCAGGAAGAUGAUGUCACUGCCAUGGCUGCGGACCGUGAGCGGUUGCAGGCUGAACAUCAACGUCUGCUUGACUUGCAGCAAAGUGUGCGGGAAGCUGAUCGUAACAACAAGGAGGCCAUGAAGCAUGCCUGGGCUCAGGUGGAGGAGGAGAGGAGGAGCCUCCAGGAGCAGCAGGUGCGCUUGGAAAGCGAGCUCAACGCUCGAAAAGAGGAGCUGGAUGUACAGGAGCAUCGUCUGAAGGCGGAGACGAAGAGACUGAAGUCUUUGCACCAGCAGAUUGAGGUGGCACGCCAGAAUGCAGCCCGCCGGAUUCGCGAGACGGAGACCACUGUGGCCAAUGAGCGCCGCUGCCUCAUGAACGACCUGGAGGUGUUCGAAGAGAGGCGACGGCUUCAUGCACAAGAGGCCAUGAAAUUGGAGACAGAUCGCAAGAGCUUUCAGGAGGAGAGGGAGCAGCUUGAGAGUGAGCUGCAAAGCAUGGGCCUGAUGGCGCAUGAGGUUGAAAGGCGGUCUGAGGAGAUCCGAGCGCUUCAUGACCAAGCAGCUGAGGCACGAGCAGAACUGCAGCUACUUCGUGGCCAGCUGCAGGACGAAAGGACAGCGCAAGGCUCUGAGAUGGAACGGCUCAAGACCAUGCACUCACUGGUUGAGCAACAACGGCUGCAGCUGCUUCAGACUGAAAACCAGUUGCGACUGCGUGGCAUUGAGGAUGUUGAUCGUGUGGACCUGCUGUGGCAGCAGGCGCAUUUUUCGGCUCCAGGCGCGUUGCCUGAUAAGUCGCUGGCCGUCCCAGCCGAGGCGCUCUCCGAUCCGCCGCAUGCUGGCCGGCGUGAAGCCGCAGAGGGGCUGAAGGCGGGUGGAGGACCUCUUUCCCAAAAGAGACCUUUGGCAACGCCGUGCAGGGCAGGUGGGAAGUUGGCAGGAGGCUAUGGCUUUGAAGUGCGUUCGCAGCUUCAUCGGAUGCGACAAGAGAACGGGGCCAUGCAGACCUACAUCACGCAGAGCGCUGCCUUCUUGCAACAGGCACAUGGCGCUGCAGCACCAGCUCCCGUUCGUGCAGCACUGAGUCUGGGCACCGCGUCGUCUGAAACCCCUUUGGAGGACUUGUCCAGCCAAACUUCCUCCGGCGAGACCUGA